AUGCCUGAAGAUAAUCGCAAAAAUGAAGUUACGCGAUUAAGCAUAAGUAGAGGUCAAUUAAAAUCAGCAUUAACAAAAUUUUUAAAGUUUGUGCAAGACGAAAAGUCAGACCUAAUUGAAAUUCGGCCUAGAAGAGAAAAAAUUGAGGAAGCAUGGAGUGAGUACGACCAAGUACAGUUGGAAAUCGACAUGCUAGAAGGGAUAAACGUAGAGGAACAGCAAAAUUAUAGAGCUGAUUUUGAAGACUCAUACUUUAAAGCAAGUACGAUUGCGGAGAAGAGGCUAUCUGAAUUGAGUAGGGUAGUCAGCAACGCGUCAGACGGUGUUGUAGGGAAUACGGCAGCAACAUCUUCAAUCGUAGCGACACCAACAGUAGCAGCGCCUGCUAUUAGAUUAGCCCCGCUAGAUAUCCCAUCAUUUCAUGGUGACUAUAAGCAAUGGACAACAUUUUAUGAUAUUUUUUUGGCAUUAAUUCAUACCAACGACCAAUUGUCAGACAUACAAAUUUUUUUUUAUUUGAAAGCGGCUUUAAAAGACGAUGCCAAACAGGCUGUUAAUUGUUUGGAAAUCACGGCGUCAAAUUACGCAGAGGCAUGGCGGACAUUAAUUGAAAGAUAUAACAAUAAAAAAAGUCUAAUACAAACACAUGUAAAAGCGUUAUUUCACUUAGAGACGUUAACUGUAGAAUCAGCAAUUAAACUUCGAGCGUUUACAGAUUCAAUAAAAGGACACAUGCAAGCAUUAAGAACCCUUGAUCAAGAGCCAGAGUCGUGGAGUCCUAUGUUAACGUAUUUAGUAACCACCAAGUUAGAUAGAAAGAAGUUGUCUUCGAGCGUGGGAAACGGACACGGCUCAGGACUCUCUUUCUACAAUUAUCUACAAUUAGUGGAAUUUUUAGAAAAACGGUUUAAAUCUUUAGAAGCGAUCGAAUCAUCUAAAGCCAUAAAUCAGAGAAACGCAACAGCAUCGGCUACCCAUAGUCAAGAUGUCACAAAAUCUAUGGUACGGAGCAAUGCUUAUGCGGUGACAACUUUGGACAAAAAAUGUCCUAGUCUUUUGGCCUUGUCCGUAGUUGAACGCAUUAAGCGCAUUAGUGAGCGCAAUUUAUGCAGGAAUUGUCUACAGGCACACCCUAAGAAAAAAUGUUUGGCUCGAGGCUGUUUUAAGUGUGGCAAGCCACAUAAUACACUUUUACACUUAAGUGCACGGACCGAUCAGUCAGAGUUCAACUCAGCAACAAACGUAACGGAAAAUUCGGAAAAUAGCGAGUCAGAACAAGUAGUUCAAAAUGAAUUAGUAACCGUUAGUACACAUACUAGCUUACCGGCUGCUACGUCGAUAUUAUUACCAACCGCAGUUGUUUUGGUCAAGAGUAAUCGUGGUGAAUGGGAGCAUUGUCGCGUGUUACUGGAUUCUGCAUCACAAAGUAACUUUAUAACCGAACGUAUGGCACAGAUUUUGCGGUUACCAAAAACCCAUAUCGACCAAGGCGUCCAAGGAAUUGGUGGAAACGUACAAAGAAUUAAAUCUCGAGUAAUGGUUACAGCCAACUCCCGUUUAAAUGACUAUUCAGUAACAUUGUCAUGUUUAGUAGUUAAGAACAUUACGAGUAACCUACCAGGCAUCCGACUAAAUGAUAGCUGCGUGGUUCCAAAAGCUAUAGUCUUAGCGAAUCCGCGUUUCACCGUGCCACAGAAAAUUGACUUAUUAAUAGGAGCGGGUCACUUCUAUGAUUUAAUGUCUGCAGGUAAAAUAAAGUCACGACCAGGCGGCCCUGUAUUUCAGAAAACAAAGUUCGGAUGGGUGGCUGCCGGUUCAUCAGAAAAUCAACUCGAUAGUAUAAAUCAACAAACGGCGAUUUUCCUCACGGUGAAUGACAAUUAUAACCAAUCCCUAGAAAAGGUAGCUGAAUGUGAAUUCAGUAAGUAUCCUGACGCGUGUCAAUCAUUAGUUAACGAUUUUUAUGUGGAUGAUUGGUUAAGCGGUGCAAUGAACGGGCAGAGGAUAUAA